AUGCGGAUUAUCAACGGCAGCGGAUACAAAGAAGACGACAGGAGGGACUUCAGACGCCUGGUGCAUCAGAACGUAGUGGCCGCCAUCCAGGCCCUCGUCGUCGCCAUGACAACACUCAACAUCAACUAUUUUGAUGACAACAAUUUGGUUCACUCAAAGAGACUGUCCCAGGUGGAGGUGCAUACGGUGUCCUCUCUGGAGCCCUGGCAGACGGAGGCCAUCGGGAAAGUGUGGAACGACCACGGAGUCCAGAUGUGCUACGACCGCCGAAGGGAGUUCCAGAUCUCCGACAACGCCAAAUACUAUCUGAGUGAUUUCGACAGGAUCGCACAACCGUCAUACAUCCCGACGGUCCAAGACGUCUUGAGAGUCCGAGUGCCCACGACCGGAAUCAUAGAGUAUCCAUUCAGCCUGCCGUCCACGCCCUCUGUAACCUUCAGGAUGGUGGACGUCGGCGGUCAGCGAUCAGAAAGAAGGAAAUGGAUCCACUGUUUUGAGAAUGUCACUUCCAUUAUCUAUCUGUCAGCUCUGAGUGAAUUCGACCAAACUAUCUCCGAAAACCAAACAGAUAAUCGACUGAUGGAAAGUCUGUCCUUAUUCAAGACGAUUCUUUCGUAUAGCUGGUUUCAAGAAUCUUCCACUAUUUUGUUUCUAAAUAAAACAGAUUUACUAGAAGAGAAGAUUCCUCAGUCACAUUUGAACACGUACUUCCCGCAGUAUACAGGUCCAAAGUGUGACGCAGAGGCAGCAAAGCAGUUCAUUCGGCAAAUGUUUAGGGAUGAGUACGGCCACCGGCACGCACCGCUCUACACACACUUCACUUGUGCCACCGACACUGGAAACAUAAAGAAAGUCUUUAAGAACGUGGAGGACACUGUGUUCAAACAACUCAUCGAUGAGUUCGUCCCCAUUUAG